AUGCUCACCACGACGGUGUUCCCUGUGGCGUCGUCGCCGCGCUCGCACCCCAUGAGCACGUCCAUCCCACUCGGUUCGCAGUCAACUAAGAUUGACCCGAGCAACCCUUUCCCGGCAGACGGCAAGGUCGGCGCGCAGCACCCUGUCUCGUACUUCACGGUUGCGCUUACCCAACCGGUUCUUGUUGUCAUCCGCAUGACGGAGAGCAGCACGGCCAGCCGCUGUGCGCUCUUCUUGAGUUGCUCCUGCCCCAAACCGGACGCGAACAACGCGGCGUGGCGCCUCAUCUCCCCUGAGCCAGUUAAGCAAAUCGUCCUGCACCCUGCCGACCCUUCCUACCGCGCCGACAUGCUGCACAUCGCUGUUCACUACCUCGAGCCGAGUGGCCAGUCGCACUUUCAGCUGCAGGUGAGGGUGCAGUUGGAGUUCUUCGCGAUGUGGCUGCGAACCGGCGAGGGGACGCGAGCUGCGACCGGUGCUGCAGCGGGGGACUACGUGACUUCCGUCAAGAAAGUACGAUCUGCCGGCGCGUCUGCCUCUGGCAAGGUGACGGCGGCCGAUGCAGCAGCUGUGCUUGCGGUGCCGAUGUUGCGCACGAUGCUGGCUGCGCCGGUAGCGCAGACAUCGGGCACCAUUGCAACCUCGGCAGGUGUGCCGUUCACUUCCCUCUACGUUGGCGACUGGCGCGGUGACCAGCGGAGCGGGUUGGGCUUUCAGUACUACGCCGCGCCCGAAGUGAUGGUGUCGCAGAUGACGCUGACUGGGGGCUACGUGAAGGACUUCGAGCAUAGCAGCGCCAGUAACAACAACAGCAGUGACCGCGACGCCACCUGCACCUUCACUUCGCAGCCUGCUGCCGUGGCAGCUGGCGUGCCUGUGGCACAGCCCUUGAUGCUGCUUCGUGCCUUUAGUGAGCGACACAACUUGCCGUGGUCUGCCUGGAGCAUUCCUGACACGCUCACCCCGGAAGAACUGGCGCGUAUGGGCUUCGGCUUCUGCUUUCCUUCGGCCUCUCGUAUGAGAGACGACAACGUCGGGACUGGUUUGACGUCAGACCGCGCGGCCGUGCCGAGCAAAGGUCCAACAGCUUCUAGUCCUACGGGCAGCUCCUCAGGCGCAGGUGCCGCGGCGCUGCCGACAACGUCUCCAACGCCGCCGGUCGCGCCUUACUCCACCGCGGCGGAGGGGAUCGCAGCUCUCGGCACCGCCAUCGAUGCGUUUGUGGUGGCGGAGAUCAUGAGUGGUGAGGUGGAUGCCUGGCAGGUGCUGCCGGUGCAGCCUGGUGUGGAGGUGUACGCAGGCCAGUGGGUAGCGAACCGGAAGGAGGGCAAGGGCGCCUACCAGUGGAGCGACCGCUCCUACGUCGGGGAGUGGGUUGGUGGACGCCGCGAGGGGUAUGGUCUGCUUCGUCGGCAAGACGGGAGGUGGUACCGCGGGCAGUGGGAGCGACACGUUCCGCACGGCUGUGGCGAAGCAUGCCUCACACCAGGAGGCCUCUUGUACAAGGGAGAGUGGCGAGACGGUCGGCGCCACGGUUUGGGUGCUCUCACAUAUCCGAAUGGCAUGACGGUGCAUGGGAUGUGGGUUGGCGAUGAGAUGCAUCCACGCGUGCACGUCGUGUAUCACGACGGAGGCACAUACGAUGGCUUGUGGGAUCCAGAGAAGGCGUGCCGGCAGGGGCAAGGCACGUGGACCGACACGCAGGGAUGCAAACACACCUACGAGUGGCAGAGUGACAUCCGCGUCGGCACUGGUCAGGAGGCUUACCCGAACGGUGUUCUAAUGCAUGGCGUUUGGCAAGCAGGCGAGCUAGUCGAGAGCACCUAUGUGUUCCCAAACGGAGACCGGCACGUCGGCUCCUUGGAUGCGGUACUGCACAUCCGUGAGGGAGUCGGGACCACAGUCUCAGCGGACGGCGCCUCCGCCUACACAGGCGCAUGGCACCAGGACAAACGCAGUGGGCACGGCAUGCAGACUGUACAGAAGCCGCCGCGGGCAUGCAAGUCGAGUGAGCCCACUGCGAGUCCAUGUGUGGAGCGGUACGAGGGGGAGUGGUUCAACGACGUGCGCAGUGGGCAGGGCCGGCUGACAGACGGUGACGACAUCUACGAAGGUCAAUUCGCGCUCAACUAUCGUGACGGCGUUGGUGUGCAGCACAACACGCGCACCGGAUCCUUCUACCAGGGCAACUGGAAGGCGAAUCGCCGCUGCGGAGCUGGCACCUACUACAGUGCCACGCAGGGCAUGACCUACGAGGGCAUCUUUAUGCACGACCGCUUGACGGGUCUUGGGACGGCGACGAACACUGCUUUCGCGGAGCAGUACACCGGCAGCUGGUUGGACGGGCUUCAGCAGGGUCACGGGUCGCUGCGACUUGCAAACGGGGACGUACUACGCGGCGUGUGGCACCGCGGCGUCCCUGAGGCCACCGCCACUGUGGAAUACGUUGAGGCAGAGCCGCUAGCGGAUGGCCCCCAUCGCGCCGAGGCAGCCGUGCCACGGUACGUCGGAGGAUGGCAGGACGGGGUGCGUGAGGGUACCGGUACGCAGGUUUUCCGUGACGGCAGCGUGUACGAGGGCAUGUGGCACGCGAACAAACAACAUGGUCACGGUCGCCGCACUACCGCGUCUGGCGAGUCGGUGGAGUGUGAGUGGCGAGGUGGAUGCAUUCUUGACGGCUGCAUCGGCGUUGCCCGCUUCGCCGACGGGAGCGUUUACCACGGUCACGUGAACGUCGCCGGUGUGCCGCACGGCGCAGGCGUGUUGACGUACGCAGACAGCACCGUCUUUGACGGACAAUUUCUUGACGGGAUUUAUCAGCUUUGA